AGAAAAUUUGUCCCGGGUCGCUCUCCGUCCUCCGCCCGGCUCUUCCGGCGCGCGCUGGUCUCCAGGGCCUAGGAGUCCUCGAUGGCGUUCCUGUGUCAGCGCGACAGCUACGCGCGGGAGUUCACCACCACCGUGGUCUCCUGCAGCCCCGCUGAGCUGCAGACUGACGCGAGCGGCGGCAAGAAAGAAGUGCUGAGCGGUUUCCAAGUGGUUCUGGAAGACACGCUGCUUUUCCCCGAGGGCGGGGGCCAGCCUGAUGACCGUGGUACCAUCAAUGACAUCUCUGUGCUGAGAGUGACCCGCCGUGGGGCCCAGGCUGAUCAUUUCACACAGACAGCUCUGUCCCCUGGGAGCCAGGUCCAGGUCCGGGUGGACUGGGAGCGGAGGUUUGAUCACAUGCAGCAGCAUUCAGGGCAGCAUCUCAUCACAGCAGUAGCUGACCAUCUCUUUGGGCUGAAGACGACGUCAUGGGAAUUAGGGAGACUCCGGAGUGUGAUUGAGUUGGACAGCCCUUCUGUGACUGCAGAGCAGGUAGCUGCCAUAGAACAAAGUGUCAACCAGAAAAUCAGAGAUCGGCUCCCUGUGAGUGUGCGAGAGCUGAGCCUGGAUGACCCUGAGGUGGAGCAGGUGAGGGGCCGGGGUCUCCCAGAUGACCAUGCUGGGCCCAUUCGUGUUGUUACUAUCGAGGGUGUUGAUUCCAACAUGUGCUGUGGGACCCACGUGAGCAAUCUCAGUGACCUGCAGGUCAUUAAGAUUCUGGGCACUGAGAAAGGGAAAAAGAACAAAAGCAACCUGAUAUUUCUGGCUGGGCACCGGGUACUGAAGUGGAUGGAGCGAAGUCAUGGGAGAGAGAAAGCACUGACCACACUGCUGAAGUGUGGAGCUGAGGAUCACGUGGAAGCAGUGAAGAAGCUCCAGAAUGCCACCAAGCUCCUGCAGAAGAACAACCUGAGUCUCCUCAGAGACCUGGCUGUGCACACUGCCCACAGCCUCAGGAGCAGCCCAGACUGGGGAAGUGUGGUUACACUACACAGGAAAGAGGGUGAUUCUGAGUUCAUGAAUAUCAUCGCCAAUGAGAUUGGGUCAGAGGAGACCCUCCUGUUCUUAACUGUGGGGGAUGAGAAAGGUGCCGGGCUCUUCUUAUUGGCAGGGCCAGCGGAGGCCGUGGAGACCCUGGGGCCCAGGGUGGCUGAAGUCUUAGAAGGCAAAGGAGCAGGGAAGAAGGGCCGCUUCCAGGGCAAGGCCACCAAGAUGAGCCGACGGGCAGAGGUGCAGGCACUUCUGCAGGACUAUGUCGGCUCACAGAGUGCUGAGGAGUGAGGGGCCAGGAUGCCCGUCCCCGUGACCACAGCAGUCUUUUGGACAGUAAAAGAGUGUCACCUAAA